AUGACGCCAAUUACUGUACUACCUAACGAUUACUAUAUAAGAAAGAUUGAAAAAAAUACUACAACAAUCGCAACAUGUAAUUUUACUGCAUGUAGUUCUCAACGAAUCCUAUGUUCAGAUAAUCAUGAUUGUGAAUGUUUUUCAUUGACAACAAGCCCAACUGUUGGAAUUUGUGCUUCAGCUGUUUUGCCUUGUACUAGUGUUGUACGAUGUAAUGCAGAUAAUAAAACAUGUUCAAUUGAAAAUGCAGUCUGUGUCAAUAGUACACGUUGUGGACAGCCAGUUUGUUAUCCAUUAGCUUUAGCUAACAAAUUAAUUUGUCCAAAAAACACAACAGUAGCAACAACAACUACAACAAAGAUAACAACAACUACAGCAAAGAUACCAACAACAACUAUGAAAAAUAUCAGUAGUACUACAAAAUCAACAACAACAGUUCGUUCGAAUACUACAAUUCGCAGUAAUAAUACCAUCCCAGUCUGUGGCAAUCGUAGUAAACUUCUAACAUUUGAUGAUCUACCAUCUUUGAUACCAAUACCGAAUGGCUAUAAUGGUAUUAAUUGGAAUAAUGCAGAUGUUUUCAUCAAUAGUUAUGCAGUAAGUGGAUAUGCUACGGGUACUGUUAGCGGAAAUGUUACAUCAUUUAACAACGCUGGAGCUCCAAUGACGAUGACAGGUGCCAACGGUACUCUUUUCACUUUAAACUCGGCUGCAAUUGCUGCAGCAUGGUAUGACAAUUUACAAUUAACAGUAGUUGGACAUCGUUCAAAUGCAGUCAUUGCUAAUAAUACUUUUAUACUUCAAGUAUUUACAGUAUCUUAUAUAACAUUCCAUGGAUAUUCAGGAUUAGACACAGCUAUGUUCUCAACAUCAGGUGGAACACUAAAUCCAAAUGUUAACGGUGAUGGUGAACAAUAUGCAAUGGAUAACCUUUGUUUAAGUUUUCCAUGA